AUGAGAAAAGCUAAGCGCGCCAAGUUAAAGGCCCGCGAGGCAGCGGAUGCUAAACCGCACGAAGAACCCGGACGAGUCGUCAAAGACAAUACUUUCUACUACAAAAUGGUGGUGUUUCAAGCAAGUGCGCGCCGCAAGUUCGUCUGCUGUGUCAACACCGGCCAUGUUUAUACUGACGGGAGUGUGCAGGUGGAGAACACCCUCUUCAACCUCCCGCGGGACAAGUUCAUCAGUGACUCCAGGGUGUUCCGGAGCCACCUCUCACAGCCCGCGUUCAGCUGGAGCUCCGACGACGACCCCAUCCUGCUCAAGAACGUCACCGUCGCCCAGUUCCGCCCGUUCCUGCAGGUCCUCUUUCAAGGGAACAAGAACCACCCCACCCGGCACGGCCUCAACUUAACGCGGGAAGAGUGGAGAUCCGUCUUCGACCUCGCCGCCAAAUGGCGCUUUGCUGCUGUCAAAAGCCGCGCAGCCGAGGAAGUGAAAUCCACGCUCAACUCGUGCAGUCCCGACGACUUCGUGGCAUGGGUGCUCCUCGCUCGAACACACAACGUCGGCUCGUGGCUGGUUCAAGCGCUUACGGCGCUGGUCGUCAAGAGGGAAGAACCGCUCGACGCGAAGGACGUCGGGCCGCUCGGGAUCCCGACGGUCAUGGAGCUCACAAAGCUCCGGGAGCAGUACUUGAAGUUGUCUGCGGGGGCGAGGCGGCGUCGAUCGGAAGCGGCUGUGGAAGAGUCGUUGACCGUGGCGGGUGAAACAAUCGAGAAGAGCGUCCGUGAGUUGUUCGCGCUCGAGAUUGAGGGACUACGUAAAGCCACUUCUUCGGGAGAAUUUGGACCUAUUGAUGAAGGAUUUAUGACGAGGCGGCCGCGGAAGAGGGAUUCGGAGGCGGCUCAGCUGCCAGAGGCGGGGUCCAAGGCAAAGUCGUUGAAAUGCGAGCCGGAUAUAGAAUUAGACUAA